CUUACUGUACGUUUGUUUCUCUGAGGCGCGGAGACUUCACCGUACAAAGCAGCUGGUUCAGCCUCAUCCACUCCUACAUAUUGUGUAUCAUCAUGAUCAAGCAAAUUAUUCUACCUGUUGCAUUUGUUGCGGCGCUGAGCUCAUGGAACUAUUAUUCCCAAAAAGAUGAGAAAAUGGACCAUGACGAGACAAAGUCACUGUUUCAGCAGUCACAGAAGGAGAAAGAAUGGGAAAAUGUGGUUGCUACAUUGAUGGAACAGGAGAAUGAGCUGGAGAAGCUCACAGAGACACUUGAACUACAACAUAAAAAGAAUUCCACAAAGCUGAACCCGAAGGACGAACUGUUCUUUGACUCUGCGCUCACCAUCAUGACAGGAUCAAUGCCCCUCAAAACUGUCUUCAUCGUCCUCCUUAUACACACAUGUGCUCGUUUCGUUGGAUUUGUUUCCUCAGUGUUUCAGAACAUGAGCUCAGCUGCCAUCCUGUUUGACUUGGCUUUCAGUAUCAUUCUGGCUGUUUAUGCCAUGACCAAAUGGAAACGCCAGAAAGCAGAGCUGGAGAAGAAAAACGCACAGCUUCUGAAGGAGUCAGUGGAGAAAGACGAGGACCAGAAGGAUGUGGUCAACACAAUGAUGGAGAUGAAGACUGAACUGGAGAACCAGAGGCAUCGACUCACAGUGCGCCUGGCGGAGGUGGAGGGGGAGAGGGAAGUUAACAAACAGAAGCUUCAGGAAGUGGAGAAUGAAAUAACAGAGAGGGAGCUGAAGUUUGACAAACCACAGGAGUUACUAACAGAAAAAGAAAACUUACUGCGAGCGCAGUGGAAACUGGACGAGACCAAGAAAGAAAACGAGAGACAGCUGCUGAACACCGAGAGACUGCUGGAGCCUUUAGAGAUCCAGCUUACCAGAAUUCAUCAAAAGAAAGAAGUAGACUUUAGGUAGAGUUGUCAGAGGAAGGAAAAGAAGUCAAUAUGUAUGGUGACCCUCCAAGGUUAACGCACUACAAAGAGAAAAUGCAAACAAAUUAAGAAACGCACUGCAAGACGCUCAGAAACUGUCUCCAGUGGACACUAAAAAGUGACGCACUUGUUUUUGGCUGAUGAAUUUGAAGUUGACUGUCCCUCAGUGGUGCUGCACAAUGAGAUCAAAUGUUUUUAUGUUGUUUGUGUGUGUUUAACAGUAUCUGCUGUCAACCUAGCAUGAGCCUUUGGCUCAUUAUGAAUACACCAGGCUGUUCUCACAAACUGUUUGCAUGUUUUCCCAUGAAAAGUAAUGCACCCAAAUUCAUACAUACCUCACAUAUUUUGAAAGGCUGUGUUCAGUUACCAAUGCGCUGAUGGCGGUAAACAAAGAAGCAGUCCCGUGCUCGCUUGCAGGGGGCCAGGUUGGGGUGGCGGAUGGGUCAAAAAAAGUGGACUUUCGCCUGGUGUCUCAUGGUCACAUCCAUGUGAACUUGGAGUGAACUUAGAGACUAAACCUACUCUCCGUAAUUUUACGUGAAUUAUGUAACUGUACAUGAAGGACAUAACAUCAUUUGUGGGGUCACAAAUUUGUACGACAUGAUAUAAACCAUUCUUUGAGAAUAUGUUGAAUAUAUACACAUAUAUUACAUGAUUAGUGUUGUAACCUCUAAAACCCUUUCCACUGCAGAUUACUGAAUACAUGCCCUAAAAAGGAAUUGGGGUAACAUUCCACUAGAGUACUCACACUAAAUAACAUAUGCCAAGUAUUUGCUUGCUUGCUGAACUCAUUUGUCUAGGUCUUGUAUUUCCAUGCCCAGAGCACACUCCCCUGCCACUGUCAUUGAACAUGUGCACUGCACACAUUUAAAAAAAAAUCUGUUUAUGGGAAAUGAAUGCCUCUCUGUCCACACUAAAUCUGCUAAAUGCACACUUCUAAAAAGACAAACCACCUACCUAUCAGCUGUGCACUAAACUGGACACAUAACCUCUUAAAAGAUAGGCAAGUACGCUCUAUGUUUGUACUUUUUAAACAGAAAACACAAGUUAUAUUUUGUGAUAUUUACUGGAAAUUUCAUAUGAUGUAGCCAACAGCAAGUCGAUGUGCCAGAAAUGUUCAGCUCCCUGCAGAUCUCCCUUCAGGCAGCUGCCACCUAAUUUAUGUUUUUGUAUUUUUUUAUUAUUUUUUUUUAGUUUUUAGUCUAGUUUAGUUUUGUAGUGAUCAUGUAGAUAAUUCCUCAUUUCAACUUAAUGAAUCAGUUGUUCCUCUUCUAUUAUGGAGCUUUUAAAGCGAGGAACAGGAAUAAAUAGAAACAGGAUGUCUGACAAAAGUUCAGUUUAAAACAGCAGCGCUGCGUCGCUUGCAGCCAGUUAGCAGCCAGAUAACACAAUCCCCUCAAGUAAUCUAUUUUAAAAGACAGUAACUGUAUUCAGAAUGGCACCAACUGAAGCUGUAACUGUAACAGAAUACAGUUACGUAUACGUAAUACGUAACUUAGGUACUUGUAUUCAGUUACUCGCCACCCCUGAUUAUGAAUACGUAGAACACUGCUUAGAAGAGAGAGUGAAAAUGAAAAAUAACCUUAUUUAAUGCUUGAUUUAUUACAAAUGGGUGCAGCUAAGUUUUACUUGACUGAGUGAGUGCAGUGGUGUCAUGUGUUACUUGUUUGACAUUAACUGUAGGACAAUCAGUUUGUUUAAACCUUUUUUAAGUAUCUCCCAAAGUGUAAAGUGCUGAGCAUCUUUGUGAUUUUGUGUCAGAAACAGGACUUUGUUGAAAUGUUUUCUAUAUAAAAAUGUAUUUUGCAGUGAAUGUCUGCCGCCUUUAUUUCUGUUUUGUCUGCUCUGUGGCCAGUUUUUGUUUAGUGUGUUUCUUGGUUUCUCAAGCCUCUGUCCAAAUUGGAAAUGUGUGCUCCUCCUCUGUUCCUCCUCUCCUAUGGUGUUCCCCAAGGCUCCAUUUUAGGCCCAAUUUUAUUUUCACUAUACAUGUUUCCAUUAGGCUCUAUACUGAGGAAAUACAAUAUAUAUAUAAUAUAAUAUAUAAUAUAUAUUCCCAGUUGCACCUCCCUUGAAACCAUUAGACCUUUGCAGCAUUAAUUCACUAUUACUAUGUAUUAAUGACAUAAAAUCUUGGAUGGCACGAAGCUUUCUCCAGCUGAACCAUGACAAAACUGAGGUCCUCAUCUUUGGCCUUAUAGACACUUAUGCCGCUGUUACCAGUGCUCUUGGUCCUCUGUCUUCCCAUUUAAAAUCUCAUGUAAAGAAUCUUGGUGUCAUCUUUGACUCUGGCUUUAGAUUUGAUAAACAGAUCAACUCAGUUGUCAGCUCAAGCAUCUUCCAUCUAAGAUCCAUUGCAAAACUUAAAUCAUUUCUGUCCAUAAAAGAUUUACAAAUUCUGGUUCAUGCUUCCAUCUCCUCCCAAUUAGAUAGAUUACACCGGCAUCAACCAGUCAGCUCUGUCAUGCUUGCAGCUUGUUCAGAAUUCAGCAGCAAGACUCAUUACUCAUUAGAAGUGAUCACAUUUCCCCUGUAUUGGCCUCGCUUCACUGGUUACCUGUAAAGUAUAGGAUUGAUUUUAAGACUCUUUUCUUUGUUUUUAAAGCACUGCAUGGACCAGCACCAGAUUAUUUCAGAACACCUCACUCCCUAUUCCACUUCUCGUCCCCUCAGAUCCACUGACAAAUCGUUGCUUUCUAUCCCACUUACAAAGUUUAAAAACAGAGGUGACAGAGCUUUCUCAGUUACUGGUCCAAAACUGUGGAACAGCCUGCCACAAACAGUUAGAUCUUCACCCUCUUUAAAUAUAUU